AGCGUUAGAAAUUUAAGAAUACUAAAUUUUUUAUUGAUUAUUAUAAUUAUUUCCGAAACUGUUGUUAUUAUCAUUUACCCUUUUUAUAUUACAUUCCAGAUAACUUCGACAUAUUCAUUAUGGAUCACAACUCCAUUCGUUCUUUCUACUGGAUUAUCUGCAGUCUUUUAUAAAACCAUAAUGCAUUUUAUAGCAUUUUUAAUUGUAAAUCUUGCUCCAAUUGCGAUAGCGCUUUGUAAUAUUUUCAAAUUUGAUUAUUUUCUUGAAUUUGGAGGACAAAUUUUAAUUGAAUUAAGCAAUGGAGCGGUUAGUAAGUAUAUAGAAGAAAUCAACAAAUUAUACUUAAGGAACAUUAUCGACCCUAAUUAUAAAAGUGAAAUAGACAAGGUUAAGGAUGAAAUAAAUGAAAUUUCAUCAAAAUAUUAUAUACGCGAAUAUAUACCUUUGGUGAUAAUUUUAGGAAUAUUUCAAUUUACCCUUAUACUAAUUUGUGUUUCACUGUCAAGAUCUUGGAAGUGGAUUAGGAAGUCUAAAUUGAAUGAUAAUCAGAGAAGUCAUUUUAUUGAUAGAAUUACAAAUAGAGAAGAUUUAAUUAUAGCUAUAAUCUUGAUAUUUUCCCUAAUAAUUUUAAUUAUUAAUACUUGGUUAUGUCAAAGAUACAUUGACGAAAAAGUCAUUUUACAAAUAUAUGGUCCAAAAAAUAAACAAAUUCUAUUAGUGAGACUAUUACAAAACAUUAAAGAGACUUUAAAAGACAGUUUUAAAAAAUUUUUAAAAUUUUUAGGAAAAAAGCCAAAGUCAGAUGAAUAUUAUUUAAAAAGAUUAGGAAUAAAAGCAUGGAAAUUUACGCCUGAAUCAAGAUUUUUAUCAUUAAACAUAGUAAGAAUUGAUGACAAGAUUGUAAGAGUUGAAAAUGAAGAAGAUGAGGUUGAGAGCGUUUAUAACGGAGAAACCGAUAAGAUCAGAGUCGUUGAUAAUGAUAAAAAUGAUGAUAUUAUUAUUAAAAUUUCUUUUAAUGCUAAAUCAGACGUUAUGAUACAAACAAAUUAUCCUUUAUUCAAUAUUAACAAAGCUUUGAAUAUGCAGUAUCCACCACCAAUAGAGUAUUGGUUCUAUUACUAUGAAAUAACAAUUUUGUCAAAUCCGAAUAAUGAUCAAACAAUAAUUGCUAUUGGUCUUGCCACGAAAAAUUAUUCAAUUAACAGAUUACCUGGUUGUGAUACACAUUCCGUUGGCUUUCAUUCAGAUGAAGGUAGAACAUUCCAUAAUGAAGGAUACACUGGUUCAAAAUAUGCUGAAAAAUGGGGCAAAGUAGAUGAUGUAAUAGGUUGUGGUUAUUGUCCAAAUACUGGGCAAAUUUUCUUUACGAUGAAUGGUAAAAACUUGGGUAUCGCUUAUACCAGUCUAUUUUAUAAUUGGUAUCCUACAAUUGGUUCUAAUGGAUUUUGUAGUUUAAAUGUUAAUUUUGGUCAAAAAAAAUUUAAGUAUAAAGAAGCUAAUGGUAUGAGCGUUGCUGGUAUAAUUUCUCAAGAAUUAUUAAAUAAAGUAGAAGAAAUUAUUGAUGUAGAUAAAUUAAAUUAGUACACUUUGUUUAAUAAAUAUAAGUUAGUUUAUUUAUGGUAGAUGCAAAAUCAGAUAACGAUAAAGUAUUUGUAAAAAUAAUAAUAUAGAAAAUAACACUGAAAAUAACACUAGUAACUGAAAUAUAAAUAAUUUUUACAUUUAACUUAAUAAACACUAUUCAUUAUAACGACGAAAAAAAAUGAAUAUUUUAUUCAGUUUUGCGCUUUGGCUGAAAAACCAUCGAAACUGACCGUUGCCAUCCCUAUUAUAAAGGGAAUUAAGAAUUCAAUAUAUAUAUAUAUAUAUUAAAUAAAUUACAUUUAUAAAAAACAUUAAAAUAGAUUAUUUAUAAAAAAAAGCAUAUAGAAAAGGCAUUUUC